GCAACGCAGCGACAGCUACAUGCGGAAAAUGUGCGCAGAAUCACGAUACAAGAAGCUGCAAAGCCACCAUCCACAAGUGCCCGAACUGCAAGCUCAGCCACUUUGCAGGUGACUCAAAAUGCCCAGAGCAGAUAAAAGCUGUAAACAGGUACCGUACUCUCUUCAGCUUAUAAUGAAUACGAAUAAGGCAACAUACCAUCUAAUACAGCAACCGACCUCACUAAAUUGCAUCCAAAUAAACCUCCACCACUGCUCCGCAGCAUCAACAGUACUCGAAAAGACCAUACUAGAAGAAGGAGUAGAUAUUGCGCUUAUUCAAGAACCAUACGCUCGACUUAAUGUUACCCAACAAAACACUUUCGUCCCCAACAUCCCACAAGGUUAUAAAUGCCACCACAACCUAAAUAAACACGACCAUGCUUAUGGAGCCUGUAUAAUAAGCAAAGAUCAGUUUAAAAGCAUUCCAAUUCAAUUCCCAGAAGAAUUUGAAAACAACAUGGCUGGAAUAGAAAUAAAACAUGAAAACACCUCACUGUGUUUUGUCUCCCUGUAUUGUCGCCCUUCAGCAAGAAACCAAGAAAAGCUAAUAAAGACGGCCAUAAAUAAACUGGGUCUGCAACUACCAAACUCCAUCAUUGCUAUAGAUAUCAACGAAAGAAACAAAAUAUGGGGAAGCAGCUCUACAACACAAAUCGGCCACUCACUAGAACAGAUCAUCUCUGCACAUAAUCUGAACAUAGCAAAUAGAGACCCAGCCGAAUGCUCUUUUAUACCACCAGGUACCUCUUUCAUUGACGUCACAGCAGCUGGCGACAAGACAAAAAUUGCCUACUGGGACUAUCUCAAUCAACCGUCAAUGUCCGACCACCCCUAUAUAAUUUUCGGAGUGACCCUCACCGCACAUCAACAAAGAAACAAGAGCAAUAGAACCAGAAGGAGACUAGUACCACCAGCAGAUCAAAUCGAUCAGAUGAAAUUUUUGGAAGCUGUCAAAGGGACCACAGAUCCCCCACUAGAAUCCAACGAAGCAACUUCAAUUAGCAAAAGAGUAACUACAACAACAAUUCAGCGUAAAAACUUUGAAGAAGAAGUGGAGAAACUCACUACAGAGAUCCAACAGGCUGCCAAUCAUAGCAGAACACGAAACGUCAAAAAGACCUCACAGCCCGCAGCAAAACCAUUCUGGAACGAAAAACUAUACGACCUGAGGAAGAAAUGCAGAGCCGCAUAUAGAAGGUGGGGCCGAGCAAAGGAGAAAUGCGAGACGGCAACUUUCACGGCGACAUAUCGAACAGCAUACCAAAAGCUUUCAGCUGAAUUUAAAAGAUGCCUCAAAGAAGAAAAAAAACUGACAUGGAGAAAAUUCUGCACGGAGAAUCUAAACAAAGACAUGUUUGCGGCAAUCCGCGCGAUAUCAACAAAGCAGCACAAGACCGGCUCACUCACUGCGCUUAUGACGGCAGACGGCAAAAUAGAAAGCGAUCCAGGAAAGCUGACAAGAAUGAUGGCCAGUCACCUAAUAAAGCUAGAUCCACCAUCGAAAGCAGAGCAUAUAGCAACAAUAGAAUAUGUAGAGAAGAAAACAACAGAACUCAGCGUAAGCAACGAAGAAACAUCAACUUUCCAUAUCAGCCUGGCUGAGCAAACGAGAGCCCUAGACGGACUAAAGAAGAAAUCUGCCGCUGGUGUAGAUCAAAUUUCCUGUGAACUAAUUACUAUCGCCUACCCAGCCAUAAAACAUCGACUCCUAAAUAUUCUGAAUGCAGGUUUAACAAAUAUUGGUUCCCAAGUGGAUGGAAGAUAGCGCGAGUCUGCAUAAUUCCGAAACCUGGGAAGAAAUCAUACCUCUCCCCUGAAGCCUAUCGACCAAUUAGCAU